AGCGAGAAUUGAAAAACAGCACACACGCGUCAGCUAUCAGUCCAUCCAUCUGUCAACCCAUCGCCAACUCAACACGCUACCCCCACUACCCUUCCAGUCGGUCGACAGACAGCGACCGCCCCCCCGUCGCCUGUCACUCAGCUCGCGACGCCCCCCGGCACACACAGAUGGUGUGGCGCCUGACCUGACACGCACCAAGGUCGCAUCGAUUUUUCCCUCAUGUGUGUCGUGUGCGCACCUGACGCGUAAUGUCAGAUGGCUGACAGCAGCUCCAGGCAGGGGCGGUCCAUCUUGUUCUGGGCGAUGGCCACUGUCUGGGGGAAGGCAGUAGGGCCAGUAACGCCCUGCUGGGGCGCCUCGGUGGUCCAGAGGGCGAUGCUUGCCGACUCAUCAGGGUACUUGGUCAUCUCGAUGUAGGCCGUGAACUCGUCGCCUUCCUCGUCGCCACACAGUAUGACGAGGCGGGAGGAGGUGUCGUAGUUGGUGUAGUCGAUGGUGCGACAGCCCCACAGGGGCGGCUCCUGGGCCAUCAGCGCACCGAUGCUGUCAUACCCAGCAGAGUACCGACUGUAGGACCGAUACCACAGCACAGGCGACCAUGUCAACGCUGUAGGACGCCAGUAGUUACACGACACCACACGCGACGACAGCGAUGCCAAACUGAAAGAGCAGGAAGGGAAAAGGCAGACAACACGACACAUUGGUGUGGUGUGCUCUCUCAUUUGAGUCGCUGUAUACUUCUCGAUGAUCCGUCCUCUAAAGGUGCAUGCUCGAAACCAAUUUCUGCAGACGCACACACACAGCGGCAAACACCAUCCAUGCCAAGUUGCCUCUCGUGUGGUGCUUUUCCCUCCCCUCUCUCACGUCGGCACGGGGGAUCGGCUGCGUCGGUGUGCACCCUCACCACACCCCCGCCCACCGUGUCCCUCCCCCCGGCAGUGCGCGUCAGCUGCAUACUGUCGCCCAGUCGGUGGGCGUAGAGGCUGUACUGGCGGAUGGCCUCUGGGCGGUUGAGGAAGACGGUCUUGUCGGCCGUCGCCUGCCGCACGUCGGCUGCUGUGAUGAUGAGUGGAAGCGACGCCAGACAGCCACUGCUCCUGGCCAGGGGCAGGAUUGGCUUAUUGCCCGCCCACUGCCCGCCCUUGGCCAGCACCCACCACAGGCUCUCCAGAAACCCCCGUUGGGUCAUCUGCUGCUGCCCGGCCCCUCCCUGCGGCUGCUGCUGCUGCUGGGUGGUGUUGUGGUCAUACGUCAGCACGCUGUCGAUCUGUUGCUCGCGCAGCAGCUGGUCGAUGCGCUCCUGGAUGCUCGUGGUGAUGUUGGUGGCGAAGUCGAGUGUCUUGCAGGCACCAAAGAGAGCGGCACACCCCGCAACGCCCAGGAGGUCCGUGAAGUCCUCCGACAAAGCCGCCACCUCACAAAGCCCGAGGCUAUCGACGAUGGCCUUGAACAGACAGAAGGGCUCGCCGCUCUGCGCAGGCAAAGAAAGGCGACACGUGAGUCGAGGAGGAUGGAUUCAUGUCAGCGAUGCCGUGCAGGUGUGUACCUUCUGUCCAUCGAGGCCCUGCUGCUGGACAAUCUCACGGCCAACCCAUUUGAAGCCAUCGCACCCCUGCGAAUCAACCGCACAAGAUCCUUGUCAACAGGACAUCCCUGUAUGUGUGUGUGUCUGCUUACUGCCUGGAUGUCGUCAAGCUUGUGGAAGUGUCUUGUGGCGUUGGGCACGACUCUCUUGAACUCCUCUGUGCCGCCCACCUCCCGCAUGAAGACCCUCGUCCCUCCCGCAGUCGGCUCCAGCUUGUACACCUCGGCCUCCACCCACUGGAACUUGUCGUCCCUUCUCCGCUCCGACACCAUCAGCACGCGGCUGCCCACACGAUACCGACACGGCGAUGCACCGACGGCCGCCUGCGUGACAAAUGGGUCAAGCAACAAAAAAAGACGACGUCCAGCCCAGCCGUGCGCGUCUGUGCUGCGCGGCUUUGUGCUCUCUGUGCUCACCUGUGGAUGAGUGUUACGGCCAGAUGAGCUCGACGAUGCCAUCGUUGUGAUGAUGAUGCAGCAGUGGCGGAGAUCUCUAACUCACUCGAACACGCCGGUUUCCGCCGACCGGAGAUCUGUCGACUCACAGGAAGUACACG